ACCCGGACUACAGCAACUUCCUGAAACUCAGAAACAGGCGGCGACCGAGGGAGUUUGUCCCGGGACAGUGGGUGAGGGAGCGCCCGGAGACGGAGGCAGAGAGGGAGGGAGCGCCUGGGAGAGGUUGACCCUGGAAGGAGGGAGCGCCGGACUCGGCGGUCGGACGGACGACGCUUGCGGCCUCCUCGCAUUCUGCCAUGUCUCCGUUUCUGCGCAUCUCCUUCAGCUCUUAUGAGCUGGGCCUGACCCUGAAUGUCACCGAGAAUCAGCAGCCAUUCAUUGCUGUGAAGAUGAAGGAGGCCAUGACCACAGAACGUGGCAAGACCUUGAUCCAGAAGAAGCCGACCAUGUACCCAGAGUGGAAGUCUUCCUUCGAUGCUCACAUCUACGAGGGUCGAGUCAUCCAGAUUGUCCUGAUGGGGAGUGCAGAGGAGCCCCUGUCAGAGGUUACCGUUGGGGUCUCGGUCCUUGCUGAGCGCUGCAAGAAAGGCAAUGGGAAAGCAGAAUUCUGGCUGGACCUCCAACCCCAAGGGAAAGUGCUGAUGGCAGUGCAGUUAUUCCUGGAGGAUACAGAUUGUCACCAGGGUGUGAAGGAGGAGGAUGGAGCUGUGACUCUGAACCGCAGGAGGGGGGCCUUCAAACAGGCCAAGAUCCAUUACAUCAAGAAUCAUGAGUUCACCGCCACCUUCUUCCGACAGCCGACCUUCUGCUCUGUGUGCCGGGACUUUGUCUGGGGUCUGAACAAGCAGGGGUACCAGUGUCGCCAAUGUAAUGCUGCAAUUCAUAAGAAAUGCAUCGACAAGAUCAUUGGCCGAUGCACGGGAACAGCCACAAACAGCCGAGACACUAUGUUCCAGAAGGAGCGUUUCAAAAUCGACGUUCCACACAGGUUUAAGGUGUAUAACUACAUGAGUCCAACGUUCUGUGAUCACUGUGGCAGCUUGCUGUGGGGACUGGUCAAGCAGGGACUCAAGUGUGAAGAAUGUGCAAUGAAUGUGCACCACAAGUGUCGGGGCAAAGUGGCGAAUCUCUGUGGGAUCAACCAGAAACUGAUGGCAGAGGCACUGAACCAGAUCAGCAUGAAAUCCUCCACCCGGAAGUCUGACAGCAGCCUCCCUGACAAUUCCAACAUUGGCAUUUAUCAGCCCUACAACAACACCUCUGCAUUUGGAACCCAGAACCUUGACUACACAGACAGUAACCAGUAUGGAAAAUUGUGGGAAGAAAGUUCACCAAAACCACCCCAACGAGGACCAAGUCUGCGCGAGGAUCUGAGGAGGAAAAUGACCAUCGAGAAUUUCACUUUGCACAAAGUGCUGGGAAAAGGGAGCUUUGGAAAAGUUCUCCUCGCUGAAUUGAAGGGGAAAGGCGAAUUCUUUGCCCUGAAAGCUCUGAAGAAGGACGUGGUCCUAAUGGACGAUGACGUGGAAUGUACGAUGGUUGAGAAACGAGUGUUGGCUCUGGCCUGGGAUAAUCCAUUCCUCACUCACCUAUACUCCACCUUCCAAACCAAGGAACAUCUGUUCUUUGUGAUGGAAUAUCUGAACGGAGGCGAUCUGAUGUUCCACAUUCAGGAGAAGGGCCGAUUCGAUCUGUACAGGGCCAUGUUCUAUGGGGCGGAGAUCAUCUGUGGGCUGCAGUUCCUGCACAGCAAGGGCAUCAUUUACCGGGACCUGAAGCUGGAUAACGUCAUGUUGGACAAGGACGGGCACAUUAAAAUCGCCGACUUUGGCAUGUGUAAGGAGAAUGUGUUCGGUGACAAUCGUGCAACAACCUUCUGUGGGACCCCGGAUUACAUCGCUCCCGAGAUCCUGCUGGGGCAGAAGUACAGUUUCUCUGUGGACUGGUGGUCCUUCGGGGUGCUGUUGUAUGAGAUGUUGAUCGGCCAGUCCCCCUUCCAUGGCGAUGAUGAGGAUGAGUUGUUCGAGUCGAUCCGAGUGGACACUCCGCACUACCCGCGCUGGAUCACCAAAGAAUCCAAGGACAUUCUUGAAAAGCUCUUUGAAAGAGACCCAUCGAAGAGACUUGGCGUUUCUGGAAAUAUCAAACAGCACAACUUCUUCAAAACAGUGAACUGGACAGCUUUAGAGAAAAGGGAAUUGGAGCCUCCUUUCAAACCCAAAGUGAAGUCUCCUGGUGAUUACAGCAACUUUGACCGUGAGUUUCUGAGCGAGAAGCCCCGACUCUCUCAGGGAGACAAGAAUCUGAUUGACUCCAUGGAUCAGACAGCGUUCCUGGGGUUUUCCUAUACCAACCAAAGUAUGGAACGCAUGAUGAAGUAGUCGGAAGUGCAGAGUCUUGCUCAAGCCCUUGCCUUCCAGUUAAACUCCUAUGUCUCAGCAAACUUGAAUUGAACAAAGGCAUGAGAAUUCGGAAUAGUUUACUAUGCUAUCCAGACUUCUGUUAAUCAACUUCAUUUUUCAUUGCUAAUUUCUGCUGGCUUCCUGGUGUGUUGGUGAUUGAUCAUAUGUGCAUGCCUUUAAUCUGUAAAUGCUCUGCAGGCUGUCUCAUUGAUGGUGAAGCUGUAAACUGGGGCUUCGGUGCUAAACCCUCAGUGGAACCAGUGAAAAGGCACUGGAGCCUCCCCUGAAAGUGUUAGACAGAAAGACCGGACAUUUUUAAACUCGCCUCAUCUUGUCUUUGUACCAAUGUCUUCAAUUAAAGUGUACAUUAUUUAAA